AUGACCACCCCAUCGCCGAAUCACUCGUCCUCCAUCUUAAUCGUUGGUGCAGGGACAUGGGGCUGCUCAACUGCCCUUCAUCUGGUCCGAAGAGGAUACACAGAUGUGACUAUAUUGGAUCCAUAUCCUGUGCCAUCACCCAUCGCUGCUGGGAAUGAUGUGAAUAAAAUCAUGGAACAUAAGGAGCUCAAAGGGCCCGAUUCGGACGCCAGAAGCAUUGCAUUUGCUACUUGCACGCGAGCCGCUCUGGAUGGUUGGAAAAAUGACCCUGUCUUUAAACCAUACUUCCACGAGACCGGGUUCAUAGUUUCUGGGAACACGCCUGAGAUUGUCCAGCAUAUCAAAGAGGAAGAUAUAGACACAUCCCAGGGCGACUUUAUCGCACUUGAAACAGCAGAUGACUUUCGCAAGACCAUGCCGCCAGGUGUAUUGACUGGUGACUUCCCAGGGUGGAAGGGCUGGUUCAGCCACCAAGGAGCAGGGUGGAUUCAUGCUCGAAAGGCUAUGGUCUCUGCAUAUACCGAGGCGAAACGUCUCGGUGCGAAUUUUAUCACCGGUACUCCCCAUGGGAAUGUGGUAGCACUAGUCUACGGAAAGGGAGAUGUCAUCGGAGCCCGAACAGCGGAUGGUGUUAUCCACCGUGCAGACCGUACGAUUCUUGCUGCAGGUGCCGGUAGUGAUCGUUUGCUGGAUUUCAAGAAGCAGUUACGGCCUACUGCCUGGACUCUGAGUCAUAUCCAGAUGACAGCGGAGGAGUGCCAGCUGUAUAGAAACCUUCCCGUUCUCUUCAACGUCGCCAAGGGAUUUUUCAUGGAACCUGAUGAGGAUGAACAUCAGUUGAAGAUCUGCGAUGAGCACCCGGGAUACUGCAACUUCAUUCGCGAUCCUCACAGUCCUGAUGAGCUGAAGAGUAUCCCGUUUGCAAGAAAGCAGAUUCCUCUCGAGGCUGAGGCACGUGCUAGGGAGUUUCUGAGGGAUACUAUGCCGCACCUUGCAGAGAGACCAUUCGUCUUUGCUCGUAUCUGCUGGGACGCCGAUACCCCGGAUCGAGCAUUCUUGAUAGAUCGACAUCCUAAUCACCCAUCUCUUCUAGUUGCCGUGGGUGGGUCUGGAAAUGGAGCGAUGCAAAUGCCUACCGUUGGGGGCUUUAUUGUAGACGCUUUGGAGGGUGAGCUCGUGAACGAGCUAAAGGAUGUUGUACGCUGGAGACCCGAUUUGGCAGUGAAUCGAGAUUGGAAGUCUACACAAAAUAGGUUCGGCGGACCGAAUAGAAUGAUGGAUUUUCAAGAUGUCAAGGAGGAUGGGUGGACUCAAAUUGGAGAAUUAAGCAAAUAG